AUGGUUGCUACUGACCAAGGAGGUGUCAUUUCGGGUCACAAUCCAGCGGCCUACAACAAGUCAAACCCUCUUGUACUGUUUAUCAUUCAGGCAACGAUUAUCAUAGCUACUACGCGUGGAUUAAAUGUUUUUAUUUCUCGCUUCCGUCAACCUCGCGUCAUUUCUGAAGUUCUUGGUGGAAUCAUCCUUGGGCCAUCUGUAUUGGGAAAUAUCCCACGUUUCAAUAGUACGAUUUUUCCCGCUGAUUCACUUCCAUACCUUAAACUCGUCGCUGAUCUAGGAUUGGUUUUAUACUUGUUCUUGGUUGGCGUGGAAUUGGAUUUAAGAUUAUUGACGCGUAAUGCCAAGAUCGCUUUGAGUAUCUCUGCCGCGGGAAUGAUUCUUCCUUUUGCUCUUGGUACCGCUGUAGGCUAUGGGUUAUAUGAUGUGAAUAAUCUUCCCAAUGUGACUUUUCCCAAUUUCUUACUCUUUAUAGGUGUGGCAAUGUCGAUAACAGCAUUCCCGGUACUUGCUCGUAUUGUUACAGAGCUUAAAUUACUUCGAACUAAUGUUGGAAUUACAGCAUUAUGUGCAGCUGUUGGUGACGAUGUAACCGCUUGGGUAUUACUUGCUUUGGUGGUAUCGAUCCUGAAUUCAUCCAAUACUCUUACUGCAUUAUACGUAUUCCUUCUUGCCCUCGCAUGGACAUUGAUCUUAGCCUUUGUGAUACGUCCUAUUCUGCUUCGAAUAAUUGUUACGACUGGGAGCAAUGAUAAUGGGCCUAGUGUGACAAUGAUGUCACUCACUUUGUUACUCGUUUUUAUAUCGGCCUUUGUGACAGACAGCAUUGGUGUACACGCCAUCUUUGGUGGCUUUAUGGUCGGAGUUAUUAUACCACAUGAUGGAGGUUUCGCUUUGGGCAUUAAUGAAAAGCUUGAAGAUCUAGUUCAUAUUAUUUUCUUACCAUUGUAUUUUGCUCUCUCUGGUCUCAAAACUCAAAUUGGUCUAUUAGAUGAUGGUACAUUGUGGGGAUAUGUUUUCUUGGUUAUAUUUGUCGCGAUGUUUGGCAAGAUUUGUGGCGUUACGCUGAUUGCUAGACUUGGCAAGAUGUCAUGGAGAGAGUCGUUAACAGUUGGUGUCUUCAUGAGUUUCAUCAGUGCUAAAAUUUUUGCAAUUUUGGUAGUAAUGGCUAUUGUGACGACCUGUCUUACGACACCACUUGUAACUUAUUUAUAUCCAAGAAAAUAUCAUAAGUCAUACCCGUAUAAAACUGGAAAUGAUGGCAAAUUGGCUAUUGAGACUAUAAGAACUCGAGGAUCAGACGAUACUCUUGGCGAAAAAACCCAACCAAACAAGAUUUUGGUGGUCUUGAAUCAUGUCGAAUAUCUUCCAGCAAUGAUGACAUUAAUUCAACUUUUACGACCGUCGCGAUCAUUCACGAAACCGUUAGCAAUAAAUUCAAGCGAGAAAAAAGAAAGACCUCAAUCAAUGGUUGAAACAGAAAAUAGCACAAACCAUCAGGCAAUUCUUUUGGAUAGUAGUACUCCAGCAAUAUCAUCUCAAGAUCUUAUCACCGUUAAUGCUCUUAGAUUGAUCGAACUUACUGAGCGUUUGACAACUAUAAUGAAACUUCAUGAAACAGAAGAGACUAUUCUUCAUGAUCCUAUUAUGAAUGUAUUUCGGACAUUUGGACAAAUGCAUUUCGUUAAUGUAAAAGCAAACUUAGCGGUUGUUAGAUUCGACGAAUUUCCCGAUCGAGUAGCACAAAGUGCCAAAGAAACAUCAUCCGAUCUAGUAAUAAUACCAUGGUCUGGUGCAGGAACUAUUACUGAGGAUCCCUCUAAUUCCCAUGAUAUUAUUAUGGGAUCACGUGAGAAUAAGAACACUAGUCCACAUACUGCUCAUUUUGUUCAAAAAGUGUUUAGCGAAGUGUCUACAAAUGUCGGAGUAUUUGUGGAUCGAGGUCUUGGAGUAGUGCCUGGAGGCUUUUCUUUGGAAUCGGAUUCAUCUCAUACUAUCAAAAUUUUCUUCCCAUUCUUUGGAGGUAUUGAUGAUCGAGAGGCAUUGACAUUUGUCGCUCGAUUAAUAGAACAUCCAUAUAUCUCAGCUAUUGUUAUAUUACGAAUUAAAAAAUUCACCGAAUCAAUUGCUAAUGACACCUCGAUAUCGGUUGUCACAGAUUCAAAAUUUGACGCUAAUACGAAAAAACGAGACGAGAUAACAGCAGACGCAGCAUUAACUCGACCAUCUCUAACACAUCAAAUUUCGUCUGCUACAAUACCAAAUGUCGGUGAUCAUACAGUUGACCGAGGAGUCUCUGAAGAAGCUGACCAAACCUUAAUCUCUCAUUACUUUGAUGUUGGACGAGGUGCUUUAAUAUCUAAUUCGAAAAUAUCAUAUAACGAAGUUGUUUCUACCACUCCUAUGCAAACUGUAAUUCAACGAGCAAAGGAAGUAGUAAGCCGAAAAGAUUUGGUGGUAAUUGGUCGAGGACGGGUAAAUGCCGCCAUAAGUCAUCGCGAGGAAUGGAUAGAAUUGAUCAAGAAAGAUGGAAUGAUGGGUUAUUCACAUGAUAAUCUGAUAAGGAAAUCUUUAGGGAUUCCUGCUGAAGGGCUUUUGGUUGGUGGUGUGCCGGCAAGUAUCCUUGUAAUACAAGGAAAGAAACAUACAUAA